GUCUUCCACGACUUGCGUCAGCCUACAUCUGUCUGCGAUCCCCUCGCCAAGCCGUUGGUUGACGAGAUUUACGAUGGAAAGGCUUACCACUUCUCAUGGUGUCACGAUGGCGGCCGAUCCUACACCUGGUUAACUGCUAACUAUUACUGUGCAGGCCUUGGUAAUGGCUUUCAACCUGUCAGUUUAGAAAGUCGGCUAGAACAAGAUUUUAUUUCUACCAUUAUUAUUCAACAUUACAUCUCUGACGUAUGGACGAGCGGUAACACCAUAAGCUCUUCCUCUUGGACUUGGUUAUCUGGUGCGUCUUCAGCUUACACAAACUGGUCUCGUACUGGCAGGCGAGGCCUCCCUCAACCCGAUAACGACGAAGGUAACGAGAAGUGCCUGGCUUUGCUCAAUAACCACUACAACGACGGUGUUACAUGGCACGACUCAAACUGCAACAAUCAAAGACGCGUUAUAUGCGAGGCAACACAAUUCUAUGGUGUAUGAAAUAACCUUUUACUUCAGCUUGCUGUCAUAUUUUCUGCUUAAAGGCAGAAUUAAAGCUUUUGUUUAA